AUGGAGAUCACGGCGAGCUCACUGGACGGUUCCGUCAUCUUCCACGCCAUCAGCGAAAUCUCAGGUUUCCUUCUCUUCAUGCACCAGCAAAUCCCCGCAUUGUUGCAGGACAUCACCGCGGAAUUCGAUUCGCGCUGCGAGAACUACAAAGACUUGGAACUUGCUCAGAGAGAAGACCAGGUGAAGCCGGCGCUGCGGAGAAAGCACGCCGGUGAAAUGAGGGAAGCCAAGCGAGGGAUUCAAAGGUUCCAGAAGCUGAUGGCCGGCGUUUCGCAUUUCCAGACGGCGCUGAAGACGAUCCUCACCGAAACUCCUCGGUUCGAAAAAGCGCUUCUGAUUCUCGGAGGGAAUCCAAUGCGGCCUCAACACGUGUACGAACUGAGCUUCUUCUCCGGAAGAAGUGCUGGUGGUGAAGAAGUUGAUUUUGGGAAAAGCAGAGCGGCGGAAGUGCUUUGUAAAAAAGCGAUUCGGGGGUUGGUAACGAAGAAUGUGGGGUCUGUUUCGUAUCCGGGGCCUUUGAAGCUGUUCUUGAUGGUUAAGGCGCCCUCUUGUUUCAAUCAGCCUCUGCAUUUUCUUCCCAAGCGAGAUUUUAAAUACAGCAACAAGAUUGUGCCCAUGAGGUUAAGCUUCAAGAGCAAAACAGAGAACCAGAGCAUUGAUCAGUUUUUGCAAACCGGCAGCUCCAAUGGCUUCGCUGAGUCUGAUUCAGAUGGAGGUGAUUUUAUAUGGUUUCAAUGCCGACAUGUAAUCAAGGGCCUGGCGUUUAACACAGAAGCUGAAGGAGGCAUAGCUCAGCAUUUUUCAUAA